AUGUCGGUCCUUUCAUUUUUGCACUCUCAGCUAUUCGUGACCCCGCCCGUCCCAACGUACGACUUUGGGGGCCAAACUAUAAUCAUCACUGGGGGCAACAGAGGCAUAGGCUUCGAGGCUGCUCGUCAUUUGUUGAAGCUGAAUGCGAAGCGUAUCAUCCUAGCUGUUCGCUCAGUACAAAGGGGACAAGAUGCUGCAGAGGAGCUUGAGAAGUCGACCGGUCGCUCUGGCUCUAUCCAAGUAGAAGAGCUGGAUAUGACGUCCCAUGUAUCUGUAAAGGCUUUCGCAACGCGAAUGGAGAACGUUGAUCGCCUUGAUGCAGUACUGCUAAACGCAGGGAUGUACAUCCAUGAAUUUUACCUGGCUGAUGGCUAUGAAAGCCGUCUAACAGUCAAUGUGAUCAAUACAGUUUUCCUCGCUUUGCUCUUACUGCCGACUCUGAGGUUCUCUGCCGACAAGCAUAAGUCUCAAUCGCGAAUCAGCUUCGUGUCGUCGGAUCGACAUGUCAUGUUUAGCUUACCCGAGUGGAAGGAGGAAAAGCCAUUCGAAUUCCUGAGCGACGAGAAACGGGCAAAGAUGCAAGAGCGGUACAUGAUCUCGAAGUUGAUGUUGAUUCUCCUAGUCAGGGAAAUGGCUGCUCAUGUCAAAGAGUCCGAUGUCAUCAUCAACACUUUCACUCCUGGCUACUGCGAAUCUGGUCUGAUUGAUGAGAUUAAAGGAUUCGCACGUGUCGUUCUAGAUCUUGCAAAGAAGGCUACUGCUCGCACGACAGAGGUUGGGGGUCGCACCCUUGUGGCGGCGAUUGUGCCGUGGCCAGAGAGCCAUGGGAAAUAUCUUAAUGACUCGCUUAUCGAUGACUCGGCCCUGUCUCCUUUCGUACGGAGCGAGGAAGGCGCACAGGCGCAGCAGAAACUAUGGAAGGAUUUGUUGAAGAUCUUAGAGCAACGAGAGCUUGCAGUUCGGCCACUGAUUAGUCCGUGA